AUGUUGAAUUGCAAGUGUUUCCAGCGAAAUAAUUUGCCGAAUUAUUCGGCCUAUGAACCUGAUACUUUCUCCCUUCCUGAUCCUCUACCCAGUUGGCCUCCAGGUCAAGGGUUUGCUUGUGGAAGAAUAGGUCUAUCAGAAAUUGAAGUUGUUAAAAUCUCCAAGUUCCGCUUCAUAUGGGGCUAUGGGUUCUCACAAGAUAGGAAGAAAGGUGUUUCGUUCUAUAAGCCCGUGGGAGUUCCUCGUGGGUUCUACUGCCUUGGGCACUAUUGUCAAGCCAAUAAACAUCCAAUAACAGGUUUUCUUCUAGUGGCUAGGGAGGUGGCUUCUACUCGACAAGAAGUUACGAAUGGUAGAAAUCAUGGUGACUUACCUGCUCUUGCAAGGCCCGCCGAUUAUACUUUGGUUUGGACUGCAGAUGACCAACAUGGAGAGGUCUAUGAAGGGUGCGGCUUUUUUUGGUUACCCGUACCACCUGAGGGCUAUAAACCUAUGGGAUUCUUGGUUACUAGCAACUCAGACAGACCACAAUUGGAUGAAGUCAGAUGUGUUCGCUCAGAUUUGACAGAUGAAUGUGAAACAUAUCGUCGAAUUCUUGAUGUGUAUUCUACAUUCCUAAACUUCCCGUUUGGAGUUUGGAGCAUAAGACCUUGUGAUCGAGGAAUGAAAGGAAGAGGAGUCCCGGUGGGUACUUUCUUUUGCAGCAGCCACUGGAAACCUGGUGAGGAGUUGAAUAUUGCAUGCUUAAAGAAUUUAGAUUCCAGAUUGCAUGCCAUGCCAAAUCUUGAACAGAUACAUGCCAUUGUUCACCAUUAUGGUCCUAGAGUUUACUUUCAUCCUGAUGAAGUAUAUCUACCAUCAUCGGUUUCAUGGUUUUUCGAAAAAGGAGCAGUUUUGUGUAAAGCAGAUAAUUCUGAUCGUGUUCGCAUAGAUAUCAAUGGGUCUAAUUUGCCUGGAGGUGGCAUGAAUGAUGGGGCAUUUUGGAUAGAUUUGCCAUCUGAUGAACAAAGAGAUUCUUUAAUACAUGGAAAUUUAGAGAGUGCUAAACUUUAUGUUCAUGUGAAACCUGCUUUUGGAGGGACAUUUAGCGAUAUGGCGAUGUGGGUUUUUUGCCCCUUCAAUGGACCAGCAACACUUAAACUUGGACCUCUUAGCUUCUCUUUAAGCAAGAUAGGACAGCAUGUUGGUGAUUGGGAACAUUUCACUCUUCGUAUAUGCAACUUUACUGGUGAGCUUUGGGGUGUCUACUUCUCUCAGCACAGUGGUGGUGAAUGGGUUAGUGCUUGUGAUCUAGAGUACACGGAAGGCAAUAAACCGAUUGUUUACUCUUCAAGAAAUGGGCAUGCAAGUUAUCCUCACCCUUGUACCUACAUCCAAGGGUCUGCAAAACUUGGGAUUGGAAUAAGGAACGAUGCAAUCCGUAGCGACAAAUACAUAAGUUCAAGCGCUCGAUACGAGGUUGUCGCGGCAGAGUACUUGGGAGAUGAUGUGGUCGUCGAGCCUUGUUGGUUGCAGUUCAUGAGGAAGUGGGGUCCGAGACUUGUGUAUGAUUCAAGAGCUGAGCUUGAGAAAAUAAUUAAACGGUUUCCCUUGAGGAUGAGAUACUCAAUCGAGGGGAUAUUUGCCAAACUCCCAAUGGAGUUAUCUGGGGAGGAUGGUCCAACAGGGCCAAAGGAAAAGAACAAUUGGGUUGGAGAUGAGAGGUGGUGA